GUUGCGAGUCAGAGAGGAUGUACAUGACCCCAGUUUUUUUUUACUGUCGACACAGGAGCCGUGGUUGACAGUAAAUGACCCCGUUGGCGAAAAGUUAACUAUAUCAGUAGUGUUCGCGAAGAGUCUCAUCUUUCCGGUGGUCCAGUGCAAAACAAUCAUGCAUGCUGCAUGUCUGCUAACCUCCCAGCCAUCGCUCACCUGCUCCUCUGUCCUCUUUUGAUGCAUGCCCAUCCUGUGUAGCAAUAAUAAAAAAUACUCAUCCCUGCUAGCAUGUUGUACUGUGAAUGAGGCAGCAUGAGAGAAGACGGGGAUAACCGUUUGGCACUGUCGUCCAAGAGGUCAUGCCAGAGCCAGGCGGACUACAGGCGGGAGCUGGAGAGGCUGCGAGCUGACUUGGUGGCAGAGAAGAUCCAAACGCUGUGGGCCUGUGGGCAGCUUGGCACGGAGCUUCGGUGCCUACGAGAGGAAGCUGAGCUGGAACAUGAACGGGCCGUGAGGGAGCUAGCAGCCAGGCGUUUUUGCCUGACGGCCCGCACCCGAAGUAGACACCUUCCGGCUAAAGAGGGGAGGAUUAAAAACAGAGGGCAACACAUCAAGGUGCAGUCCACCAGGGAAACGGGCUUUCAUCUCGAUAGUGGACAAUCGAAGCUGGAGCAGUUGCUGCUCACGCUGCAUGAGACGAUAAAUGGGAAGCAGGCAGGUUAUCAGCUUCAUCACGGGCAAGAAUUUGAGCUAGAAAAGGCCAUCUUCCUCUGCCGCCUUCUAGAAGCUCAUGGGAGGCUGUUGCUGGGUACUCGGAGUUUGAGAUCAAGCAGCUACGUGGCAAAUAAAUUCACAAAGAAGCCAGUCUGGAACAACGGUUGUAAUCCCUGUCACUCAGCACCACUACUAAACUGCUCCAGAACCCAGAGAGAUUUGCCCUCGUCCAACAGAAAGUCCAAACCUGCCCAGAAGAGGCCGCUUUCCAGCAGCGGCUUAGAGAUCGCCAGGCCAUGCACCUCUGCUGCAGCCAGGGGUGCCUGUCAGAUAAGAGCUCACCGCCACAACACCACCCGCUCAGUUCAGGACAACCAUCCACCCUGUUGUGCUGAGACUACCUCAUCAGACGAGUCAUCCUCUACCAAAUGCAUGAAAGGAAACAUGGAGAACGGGACAGAUUAUGGAUUGUUGGUGCGCCAGAACUCAGGACUCUUGCGAGCCCUAGACGAGCUGGAGAAGACUUGCAACACACUGAGGGAAGAGAAUAGCCUGCUGCGGAAGAGCAGUGCCCCUGAAACUGAAGAGAAGGUCAGGCGGUUGAGAAGAAAGAACACCGAGCUGACUGUUCUUGCAAAGAGACUGGAGGAGAGAGCUCGCAAACUACAGGAGGCCAACCUCAAAGUGGUGAAUCCUGCUUCGCUCAUUAGAUCUGGUGCCGUUGAGCAAUACAAAAGAGCAUUUGCCCGCCAACGAGCUCGUGACCUGGCCAAGCAUGCUGAUGCACUGCUAUCUAAGGACAAAGAGAUUGCUGCCCUGCAGCAGGAGUGCAGGCAGCUUGAGGCACGGCCAGGACAAGCUAAGGACUCCCCUGUUCAGUCGGCUCGGCUGGAAUACGAGCAGCUCCUCAGAGAGUCUCAGAAGGAGGUGUUGCGGCUUCAAAGGCAGCUGUCCGUCACUUCGUCCAGGCAACAACGUGGCCUGAGGCCUGACGGCGAUGGGACAGAGAAGCGUGAGGAGAACAGCAAAGAGACAGGGCAGGUGAAGGUUUUAGGAGAGACCCCGUGUGUGGGAUUAGAUGAAGCUCCAUCCAGGUGUGAGAAGACUCCGCCAGAGGCGGGGGAGUCGUGGCUGCAAGUGACGCCCUCACCAAGCCAUAGCCCGACCUCCGCCCAUCAAGAGGAACCCACAGAGGAGCAACGACUACAGUUUCUGGAGCAGGAGCUGAGCAGGAAGAGAAAAGAAUGUGAAAAUCUUGAGCAUGAAGUAAAGAAGCGACAGAAGAGAUGUCUGGAUUUAGAGAGCCAGCUUGAGGAUGAGCGAGGCAAAAAUGAGCAACUAAAGGAGGAGGCAGAACUCCUCAGGAGGAAGGCGCAGCUGCUCGACCAGACUCGGGCUGAGAAUGAGGAGCUGAGGGAGGAUCUCUCUGAAGUGACCGCUCAACACAAUUCAGUUCUCGAAGAGAACCAGAGACUCCGUGCCAAACUGGAGAACCUAGAGCAGGUCCUAAAGCAUAUGCGAGAGGUCGCCGAGCGAAGGCAGCAGCUGGAACUGGAACAUGAGCAGGCACUGGCUAUCCUUAAGUUCAAACAGGAUGAGAUCAAAAGGUUGCAGCGGGCUCAGUUAUUUGCCAAGAGGGAACAUGAAGGAGUGGUUCAGAUGCUGGAGGAGUUGACUCAGCUCGUGUUACGGAGGGAGCUGUCGAAGGUACGAGAGCUGGAGGAGAAAUGUCGCAGUCAGAGUGAACAGUUCGGCCUGCUGUCCCAGGAAUUGGAGAAGUUCCGACUACAGGCCUCCAAAGUGGACCUGGCCAGUUCCACCCUCCUCAACAAUCCCAGCCUCUCGGUUCUGACCAACGGGGUGGGCCUGACUACUGAACGAGAUGUGGCCGCCGCUCUUUGCAGGGGGUCCACGCCGCACGCAGCUGGACUCUCCAGGCUCGGUUCUGACCAACGGGGUGGGCCUGACUACUGAACGAGACUGCACCGGUGGCACACUGGAUAUGGUGUCUCUGGGUGAAAUAGCCUUCUGGAGUCUUGAGGGAGGUGACCCUCUCUCCUGCCCGGAGGCUACCGAUCCGCUUGAUGUGGCCGCCGCUCUACGCAGGGGGUCCACGCCGCACGCAGCUGGACUCUCCAGGGUGGAGCGCUCGCCUGUCACCAAGCACCGAGAGCUGCCCACCAUCAGUGUCAGCAAGUCAGGCUCUUCUUCCAAGUCAGAAACUACACACCUCACCCCCAAAUCUGACACCCACCUCAGUCCGCACAAAUCGAGCCCAACACAUGAGGUGGACACUGCCAGUGAAGUUGAGGAGUUGGACGUAGAUGUGGCCCCCGCACCAUACACGGCCAGCAGGGGGACAGCAAAGCUUCAGGUUUUUAUCGCCAGAUACAGUUAUAAUCCUUAUGAUGGCCCAAAUGACAACCCUGAGGUGGAGCUACCACUGACUGCUGGAGAAUACAUCUAUGUUUAUGGAGACAUGGAUGAUGAUGGUUUCUACGAAGGUGAGCUGAUGGAUGGGCGGAGAGGGCUGGUCCCCUCCAACUUUGUGGAACGUGUGUCGGACGACGACGUGCUGAGCGCUCAGCACCCAGAGACUGGGGACGUAUCCCACAACUCCCUGCUAGACAGCAGCCUGCACAGUGCCAGCCACCGGCAUCACCUGCACGUGGGCGCCAGCAUCUCAGAAAGGACAGAGGCCCCGGCCGCCUCUGGCCCCGCCUCAGCCCCCUCAGAUUCAGUGUCGGCCUUGUCUGUCCCAGCCCCCCUCACCAACGGCCUGGACUUGGAUUUGGAGGAGGUGGGAGUGGACGUCGUGCCUUACCCACGUAAACUUACCCUCAUCAAGCAGCUUGCCAAGAGCAUCAUCAUUGGCUGGGACCCUCCGUUGGUGCCGGCUGGGUGGGGAAACGUGUGGAGCUACAAUGUGUACGUAGACCAGGAGCUGCGGCUGAACGUGCCCUUCGGUGCCCAGACCAAAGCGGUGCUGGAGCGGCUGGACAUACACCUCAAAGCCUAUCGAGUGUCGGUCCAAAGCCUGACGGAGAAAGGCCUCUCGGACCAGCUCCGCUGCAGCAUGCUGGUCGGCCGGGAUGUUUGUGUGGCUCCGACGCAGCUGCAUGUGGACAGAAUCACCGCCACGUCUGCCAACCUGACCUGGCUGCCCAGCAACAGUAACUAUGUGCACAUUGUGUCCUUGAACGAUGAGGAGUGUGAGCUGGUGAAGGCUGGCUGCUACUCGCUGUGCCUCAGUAACCUCUUGCCCAGCCUGCAGUACACGGUCAAAGUGGAGGCACGGCCGCACCGAACACCAUGGGAGUUACCUGUGGAGCGCCGCGAACACAGGAGCGCCGCCAUCACCUUCAGUACACUAAUGGCAGUUCCAAGCCCCCAAUCUGGGAAUGCAGGUCCCCCUGACGCUCCACUGGACGUGCAGCUGGAGCCCGGCCCCUCUCCUGGGAUUGCUCUCAUCUGCUGGCUGCCAGUCACUAUAGAUGCUGCCGGGACCUCUAACGGAGUCCGCGUCACUGGAUACACUAUAUACGCUGACAAGAAGAAGGUCUUGGAGGUGGCCUGCCCUACAGCUGGAAGUGCUCUGCUGGGCCCCUCUCAAAUCCAGUCCCUCCAGGCCGCCCAGGAGCUCACUGUCCGCACCAUGUCCGCUCACGGGGAGUCCUGUGACUCCUUCCCAGUUAAUGUUCCCUCCAAGCUGGCUGCCGUCAUGGCAGGCCCGACUCCGACCGCCCCGGUUGUGCCACACCUCCCCUACACCUCUGUAGCUGCCAGUACCUUGCCCCCGCCACCAUCCUAUGGAAGUUCUGCUGCCAAACUCUCUGCGCCGCCCAACACGUUGCCAUCAGGCACGCACAGGCCGGGCCCUGCAGCGGAGGCUGCUGCCAACCUGCCUCAUGCUCUCCACUCACAAGAUCGUCUGUCGUCUGCCUCCUUGGUGAAAGCCUGGGCCGACCCAUACUCUGCUGCUGCCUUGGCCGUCUGUGAGGCCGCGUUACCUGUCACCUCCCCCAUUCCUCCAUUGGUCAAUAUGGCAUCCCCCAUCCACACAGCACCUCAGCCAUCAGCAGCAGCGACACCACCUCCACCUGCACAAGUGGAAAUUGUGGCGCCAGCUCCAGUGUUGGAUCUACGCAGAGACACUGACAGCCCGGGAACGAUAUGUCCUUUCCCGUCCAUCACAGAGUUUAUUGAGGACCCCUGUGCCAAGCUUGGGACACCUGAGCGUAUUCCAAGUCCCCCCAAAGCCCCGAUUGUUGACCUCCUGAACCCGCAGAGCACUAAUGUCCUGCGACCACCCAGCUUUUCACCUUUGGAAUCGGAGGUAGAGGAGGAACCGGAGAACACUCGCUUGGUGUCUAUCGAGGAGUUCUUAAGACAAGACCAAGAGCCAACUCACUGUAGUAGGCAGCAGAGUUAUGGCAGAGAGCUAACGGAGCCUCACAUCGACUACCACGCUGACAACAGCCGCUCGGAUCUGUCAGAUAUCCUGGAGGAAGAGGAGGAGGACCUUUACUCUGACCACCUUGGAGAGGCGCAGGCCAGGGGGUACGCAGCCGGUGCCAACAGGUCACGCAGACUGGAGACACCAGACAGUGACGAGGACGUUCUUGAAAGGAUCCUUAAGUUGCCGCCUCAGGUCCCGCAGUGCAAGCAGCUGUUCAGCAUUGCUGAGGUGACGGAGGAGGAAGACAGCAGUCAGGAAGAGCCUUUGGUGCACCGCAGCAAGCAUCAGCGGGGGCCCCUUCAUCCCAGAGACUCCGAGCAUCUCCAUCAUGCUCCCCUGCAUCACCCACAUCCCCCAAAUCCACACAUACCCCCUCAACAUCACCACUUCAACAGGGAUCCCAGAUCCCUGACCAAAGAGCCUUCUGUCAGACAGGAACCCCUGCAGGCUAAGCCAAAGUCACAGCAUAGGGUGCACUAUGCUGACACUGUGACUUAUCCCGAAAACGAAAACUCAAGCUCAUAUGAGAGUUCAACCUGCAGGCGAGUCUCAGCCCGCUGUCCACCCAAGCCUGCCCCCACCAUCAAAGAAAGAGCACUGCUCAAAGGGCUAGGGGACCGCCUUAGAAGGGAGGCCAUGCUCAGGAGUCAGAUGGCUGCCGCCGCUGUGGAGAAGCCCGACCAUGGCCCUACCCCGCCAAGACCCUACCCAGUCAGCAAAACGGUGCGGACCCUCAAGUCACCGGUUGGUCGCAGGAUGGAGAUCGACGUGGAGUAUGGCACAGACAACGAAGAGCCUGUGGAGUGCAGCCACGGGGAGGUGGUGGUGGAGCAGAUCAGUUCCGAGUGGUGGGUCGAGGGGGCUCAAGGGGAGCCCGGCAGGCCUUCUUAUCACAGAGGGCAGAAGGCCGAAUCAGCGGAGCCCAGUCAAAUCCCUCCAGCUGUGGCGGGCCCACCAAGGGGUGGCCAGGCAGAGCUUUCUUCGAAACCAGUGAGCUUCCAUGUCAGGCAGCACAAAGGUGAACCUCCGAGGAUGAAAGGAGAUGGUGGUGUGCGCAUCUUUGUGGCCCUUUUUCCAUAUGAUCCUCUCACUAUGUCUCCUAAUCCGGAUGCUGCUGAGGAGGAGCUGCCCUUUAGUGAAGGACAGAUCAUCGAAGUGUAUGGAGAAAAAGACGCAGACGGGUUCUACCGGGGGAAGUCGGGUGGCCGCCUGGGCUACGUGCCGUGUAACAUGGUGUCUGAGAUCCAGGUGGAGGAUGAGGAGACCCAGCAGCAGCUACUGCAGCAGGGCUUCUUGUCCACAGCUACCUCUAUGGAGAAGAUCGGCACUCGCACACAUGCACAGCUUCCGCGUCGCCCUGUUCCACCGCCGAAACCGAGACGAUCCAAGAAAGUGGAAACUGCAGCACUCUGGGAGGAGAGCAUAGACUCCUCCAGUCAAGAUCCCAGCCAAAGUGCUGCGCCUGCAGCUAUAGGGAAGCUGGCCUCAGGGGCUCAAAGGAUGAUUGCCAUCUUCGACUACGAUCCACGAGAGAGCUCCCCCAACACCGAUAUAGAGGCCGAGCUGACUUUCAGCGCAGGAGACAUCAUACACGUGUUUGGUGACAUGGACGAAGACGGGUUUUUUUACGGAGAGUUGAACGGACACAGAGGUUUGGUCCCAUCCAACUUUCUGCAGGCCUUCCCCGAUGAACCUCCUCCAGAACCAGUCAGUGCCCAAUCGGCACCAGAACACAGGAAGGAAUCCCAGGAUACCAGCAUGUCCUCUUCAGAGCCACAAGAUUUGGGCUUCUCAGCACUAGAAGCGGCUCUCCACCCCCCAGCUGAACCUUUUAACGCUAACAGGACUGAGGAGACAGACCUGAAACCCCAGCUGAAAGUCACUGCGAGCCCGACCUCCGACGUGGCCCCUGCUCCAGAUCCAGCUGCAGCGGAGGUCUGCUGCUCUCCGUCAGACAGCCCUGCGGCCACGGAGCCCCCUGUGCAGGCCAAGAAGAAGAAAGGCUUUUUCUCCAAAGGCAAGAAACUGUUCAAAAAGCUGGGAUCCAGCAAGAAACAAUAAGACUGGGCUCUCUAAUCACAUUUAAAGCACUUUUUCUGUCUGUACUGUUAGUUCCACUUGGUAAUCAGCGUUAUUUGCAACUAACUGAUGCUUUAGCCAUCAGUAAUUAUACAUUUGCCUUAGACCAGCUGGUAAACAUAGAGGACUUGGAAACACAGGCGACCCGCAUACAGCAUGUAGCAGUGCGUGUUGAGCCGAGCAAAUAGUUCUUCUAAAAUCUUCUGCUUUAUCCACUGGUCAGACAGUUAAAAGACACAGCAAUGAUAAACCAAGAUGUAAAAUAAUUUAGACCUAUUUAACGCUGAGCAGGGUUGGUCAGGAGAGCGGACGCCGGCCAGACUCAGACAGCCGAGUCAACAUUAGCUUUAAAGCUCAGCUGCUUGUGCCACCUUAUUUAUUUAAAGCCAACAGAGGGAAGCAGCCCUUUGCUCUUCUCCUGCGCGGCUGUGAAGAAUGCACUAUCCAUCCCGAAGGGAUGUAGUUAUAUUAAGUCUGUUGUCCCCACGUAUUGCUUUGUAGAAAGUCGGGUUUAUCCAUGUUUGACAGCAAAUGUGUGUGAAGGGGACCAGAGCUGUUAUAAACAGCCAGGCUCCCUGAUGCACUGUUGCUGGUCCUGACUGUUGAGGGCGAGCCAUGGUGAAAGCAUGUUGUUGUUUCAUUUGUGUUUAUUUAUUUUCCUCGAAUGGGCGCGUUGGCAGCCAGCGCGGCCGUUACUGAGUCCAGCAGCUUUGUGGGGGCAAACCUCCAUUAGCAGUCUCUAGUUUUGGUCUUUGUGCGUUUAUGUACUCAAAUAAUGGGGAAAAGAGGUGUAAAACCUGUUUUAAAUGAAUUAAGCUUUUGCUGCAGCAGCAUAUUCUCACGGCAAAGAAUAUUAAAAUCCAGCUUUUAAUUUGAGUACUUGUAUUCAGCUAGACUCAUGUGUAAAGAAAAUCCUUUUGUUACAAAAUCACCCAUUUGACUAUUGUUUGGUACCCCUACCUUUAUGACUUCAUACAACGUCUCUUUUUCUAAUAGGAGGACACUGAAUCUGCUCCGGAAACAUUACACAAGGUUGGCGCUUACAGAGACGGAUCCUUGACCGACAGAUUUUUACAUAUACAUUGUACUCCUAUGAAAGGUGAUCUUCUUUUAAAGGUUUUCACUGUAAAGUUAUGCUACUGCAAUAAAGGAUACAUUUGGGUUUUACACAUCUUUUUCUGAGAGGGGACAUUGGUUCGUGGGGCGGCGUCCACGUCUGAUCUAAGACAUCAACGCGCAAACAUUCCCAAUGGCCUAAAUAUUUAGGACGUGUUGGAGAGAAAGAGGCAGAGCUGCAGCGCCGAGAAAUCGGGCACCUGUUGAUCAUUACGAUAAACUGGGGUUCAGUUACCUCUAAAACCUCCAGCUUUUGUUGUAUGAACUGAGAGAAGGUGAUAUCAGCGCUGAAUAGGGUUAUAUAACUGUUUUAUUUAGGGACCAUGAACAAAGUUCUUGUUCUUUUGGAGCAGAUGUUCUGACCCUUGACCCCUCUUUACCCCCGCUGCCCAAGAGAUGUGGAGGACUGGGUAAUGUAAACCGGAGCACUACUACCUUCAGUCUACUCAUGGAUGCACACCGACUCAUCCGUGCUCAUCCCUUUUUGCGUUGCAUCACCGUUUAAGUACUGCAAAACCGUUCGUUGCGUGGUCACGGGCGGAUUCUUGCGAUCCGAGCGACAGCGAGAAGUCUGUGAGGUGUCGUAGGUUGGUCCUGAUUUGAACGUAGCUUGUUCUUAACGGUAGAGCAGCUACCAGGAGCGCCACUUCCUGGGUCUGCAUUCAAGCAGAGCCUCUUUUCCACUGUAGGCUUGCGGCAUCGCUGUACUGUGGCUAGACUCUGCGAUAAGUUCUCACUUUAUCUUCCUCUCACACCUCUAUUAUAAGUAUAAUGAAGUUUAGCUUGCAGUGUAACCAUGUAGGAAUUAAUCAUUGGUAUAUGCAGUGUAGUUAGUAUUUCUGCCAUUUGCACCAGAACACCAGUGAGACGUGUGUGUUUAUAGGUUAGUACAAUGCUCCGUUAUUAAGAAUAAAGUUGUAGUAAAAGUGUUCAGUUUGGCUGCAGGUGUGUGGCUCAGUCCCUUUUAUUUAACCUGCGUCACGCAUUCUGAUUUCCUUCUCUGCGUCUCUGCUGCAACUAGCCGUUAGGCAGCUCCUCAGGUUUUCUUUGGUAGGUUCUUUUUAGUGCUCAGGCACCUGUCAACUCCGGCUGCCAUAAAGCUGCAGAAUAUGCCAAAAUGCGAGGUGCUUUGAUUUUGGAUUUUUUUUUUUUUACCUCAGUUGUGAGAGACCUAAUAUUCCCAGCAGCAUGUGGGACAUUCACCUGACUGGUUUUAGAUUUCGUUUUCUCAUAUAUAUUAUAUAUUUCAUUUUUCUUCUUUGGGAAUGUUUCAGCUCCUAAUGGUUGCGUCAACAGAGCACGAUGAUGGCAAAUUAAACGGGGGGGGGGUUGUCAAAGACACUUUAGAUGUUGAAUAGACGGGAUAGAUGCAAGCCAGAGGCAGUACUGUUUGCUUUCUGUCGUUUGUGUUUUUUUUUUUUUUUUUUUCUUCUUUGUGUUUUAACAAGGGGUGGACGCUCCAAAGUUGCCGAAAUGUACAGCAGGAUAGUUGUAAUGUAUUUGACGGCCUUUAAUGCACCAGUCUGGUCCUCGACUUGCUGCGCAGCAACACGAGAGGCUGGCUCGGACUGAGACCCAUGUGGAUAGCAUUUUAGCCCAGAUGAUCAUAUCUAGCCUUACAUGAAGACCGUGUUUAGUCUUAAUAUGUUUACAGGAUGUUUGCAUGCGUGUUCCACCCAUGUUCGGCCUUAUAUAUGUUGCUGUCACAUUUCCGUUGGCUAGGCAGACUUGUCUACAGUAUUGAGGCUGCAGCCUGUGGAUGCAGCGGGAAAGAAGCUGCAGGAGCUGUGUGUAUAUAUACUGUAAUGAACAGUUGGGACGUAAGUUAUAUUUUCAUUACUUUCAUACAUCGCAGAACAUCUUUCUGUGUCUUUCCUUAUCUGCAUUCAUUGUGUGAAACCACUGUAAGAUGAACCUUUUUAUAUUAUUAUUUUUAUUACCCUUUCUGGAAGCUUAUCUGUAUAUAUUUUGACAAAGUUGUUUUUCAUAUUUCAUUUUGCUCUUUAUUUUAUUUAUUUUUUGUUUUGUUUUUUGCAUGUCCAAGCAGUGUUGCUGGAGGACUAUUAAUUGAAGCUGUAGUAAACGAAGGACUUCUUGACUUGAAAUUGUGGUGAAUUCUUUCAAUAUGGAUCUUUUUUACUGAAAUAAAAUAUGUAUAUUUUCACAGAAAAA